AUUCGUGAGCACUCUGGGGCUCAUGGCGGAGCUCACGCCGCCCGCGUGGCUCGGAGGAAAGCCGUCGAAGCGCGCCAAGGGCGGGGCCAAGGGCGACAAGAACGAGAAGGACCUCACCACGGCCCUCGUGCUCCUCCUCACCAAGCGGCGCUUCACCUCGGCGCGAGAGCUCGCCAACUUAGCGGGCGCAGUCUACCAGUUGUGGGCCGCGGUCUGCCUCGACCUCGUCACCAACGUGAAGAAGUUCAUCCAGGGCGGCAAAGAGGAGUACUCCGAGGCGGAGACCAAGAAGUUCAACGGGUACUUCGCGAAGUACAUCCAGAGCGCCGCCCCGCAUACCGUGGGCAAUCACGCGCUGCACUUCCGGUAUCGGAAGCACAAGGGGCGCAAGACCGAGACGAGUGGCUCCUCGAGCCAGCAGCAGCAGAUGAAGAAAGGGCGGCUGACCUUCGCCUUCAGCUACAACGAGCCUGGCAUGAUGGCGAGGGAGCUGGUCCUCUGGUGGCUCAACUACGAGGAGGACCAGAAGAGGGCGGAGCAGUUGAUCGGCCCAGCCCCGAAAG